AUGAGGUUUGAGUAGAUUGAAGAUAGAGUCAAGCAGAGGUACAUCGACGAGUAAAAACUUCAAAUUAAUAAGCUCAAGAUCCUAGAGAUGAACUCAAAGACCAAAAUACUAGAGCCAUAAUCAGUUUAACGAGAUAAAAUAAAGGGUAAAUUUCAAUUAUGCUUGAGAGAAGAUCUAAGUAUGAGACUGAAGGUAGCUGCAUUCGCCUAAGAACCACUGAGCUUCCACAUACAUAAAAACAGGUAGAUGUUUCCAAAGCUCUAGGCUCAGGAGAGAUCUUUUAAUGAAAAACUUAGAGAGCAAAUGAAAGAGUUAGGCAUGCCUGAGGAGCAAUACACGAUAAGGAAUGGAAAAAUUACUUAUAAGGGGAAAAAAUCGCUAUUUUAAUUUAGAAAAAGGACUGAUCUCUUGAAUUUAGAGUAGAACAACAACACUAUGAACAACAAUAAGUCAAUAGAAUUUUUUACUCCUAGAGUAAUAGACAAUCCUUAAAAACAGAGUUCAACCAUGUAGCAAAUAUCUGAGGAGAUCCAUAAUAUCAAGUAGAAUUUGAAUUCAGUUAGUUCAAACUUUGAUAGCUUUGAUGUCUCCCCCUCACCUAGAAACCAAUAGUCUUAAAGAAAUCUUAGAAAUUUUAAGAUUAAAUUCAAUAAUGAUAAUUCUAUAUCUCCAACAAGAUCAUCUUUGUGUAUGCCUCGAUAAUCAGAUUCUACCAGGUUUAUCACUCAAAACAGGACAACAUUCAUUAAUAAAUCCCAAAGAUCUGCGAGAAAUGCUCAUCUCAGGCACAGCUAUGACAACUAAAUAUCCAGGCUAAUGAAUCAAAGUAAAGCUUGCCUUGAUAAUGGCUAAGAUGUGAUGAAAAGGUUCAAUGACACAACCAAGGAUAUCUCUGGUAAGAUAGACAGAGUAUUCUAGAUAUCGGGGUUCUUUCAAGAGAUUGAUAGUUCUGAUGUCAAGUCUAUAAAGCGACUUUACGAUUAUAAAAAAACUCAGAUAAAAGAGGAAUAGGAAGAGGCGGAUAAAUGUAUAUUUUCAUAUAAAACAGGAGAAAAUGACUAUAGUCGGAUGAAUGCCAAAAUUAUCAAUAGGACGUUCAAGAAAGUUAAGCCUAAAAUUAGCAAAGAUAAAUAAGGCGAUGAUGGUAAGAAGAAAAAUGAGCAAGGGCAAGGUUAGGAAUAGUAGUAGCAAGUAAGUAAAUGA